CGACAAUGGUUCUGGAUCUCUCAUUUCAAAUACCGGAUUGCUGACGCCGUCUCAAACUGCAACGGCUUUUCUGCGUACCGCAUCGUUAGAAACUUCGGCGAUAUCCUCUAACUCGGGAAAUCUCGCUGGCUCGGUUAGACAAACUGUCAUGGACUCGUCUGUCACCGAGUCCCAGUACAGGCCCAUCGGUUUAUCACACGGCUCGGACGUCUCAUUAUUUUCAACCGUUUCCCAGGCGAUUCAGUCAACAUCAGUCCUAACUGGAAGUGACAUCAUAACUUCAAGUCUGAUGUCCUCGAUGACGCCUGCUGUUUACGGAAGUGGAGCUUACCACACCGGAAGCUCUUCUCCCUUCGGUUCUGCGACGGCGUCUGGCGUCUCCGGUUCAAGUUUGCCGUUGGAUUCAUCAAGAACGGCAACGCCUACACUCCAAUCUUAUAGUCCCAACGUAAUAAGCAGUCAGACUUCGGUGUUACCGGACGUGCGCACUGGACAGUCAACAAUGUCGUUAUUUAGCGUAGCAGAUGGGUCGAUCCAAGACCGGUCAUUGUCUUUUACAGCUUACCAAGGGCAAUCACUUCAGGGAAGUACUGUCUUUCCCACAAGCCUGACAGGAUUUAUCCCCCCUGCCACUCCGCUAUCUAUGGCGACGACGGCAACCGUUGUCCCAUUCAUGCCCCUUGCUACGUCACUUGUUUACCAACAGUCAACGGCUAUUCCAACCCUCUCAACGACAUCCUCUGUCCUCGCCACGUCUACACCAACCAGCUCCCCUCUGCCACCUGAUCAGAGAUUGAUUAGAGGUAAUGUCCUACAGUGCAUGUUUUUGUAAAAAAGAUGCACUUAAAAUUCAUCUUAUAUAACUGCCGUAUGUUGCAGAAAUUAUUCCACCGAUAUUUAAUCCAAACGUAAAAAAAAAUAUUUAUUGAGAUGAUUAAAAAAAAAACAACAACAACAAAAAAUAAUUAUUGGUUUAAUUACUCUCACCCCUUUCCCCUCUGUCUUGAAAAAUUUCCAUGACCAAUUAAUAUUAGAUAAAAGUCCUGCAAUAAAUAAAGGCUGCAUUGAUCUGGCUCACAGCUUUUAUGUUUUCACAAACCUAUUCUUAGUAUGUUAACUCGUCUCUUUACCCUGCCAUGAAUAGCUUAGUGACAAUCUCUUUAUUCUGCUAUGUAUAUCUUUGAGGACAAUCUCUUUUCCCUGAUAUGUAAAGCUUUGUGACCAUCUUUUUAUGCUGAUAUGUUUAGCUUUCUUUCCUAACAUGUUAUAGCUUUGAGAUAAUCUCUUCACCCGGCUAUGUCUAGCGUUGUGACCACCUCUCCAACGUGCUCUGCACACCUUUGUAACAUUGUAACUUUGUAUAAUUUACAUGGCAGGCGAAUUGUUCAUCACUGGUCCCAUUUCUCACGAGGAUAACACCAGACUGAUCGAUCUAAUCAUCAGCAGUUUUAACGCCCCCGAACAACCAGGUGAGAAUCGAUAGUUGUAAUUCUAGAGUGAUCGGGAAAUAUAAUUCUAUCUUCUUAAAUGGAUUCCUCAUUCCACAUUUAAAUAAGCUCCUUUGAGGUAUCCAUUUUCAUUCACACACAAAAAUCGACCAUAAAAUUGUGUGAUUCACGAAACGAGCAUGCCUUUUUCAAACAUAUUUUUCAAUUCGUGGUUCUUCUAUACAUACAUAUAUACAGUAGGCACACUUAAUAUCUCGAAGUUCAUGUAAACUCUAAAGAGAUUAGCUAUUUAAAUGUUUUUUUAAUACACUGUUAACGAUUCAUCUUUUCACUAAGGGUCGUUCGUAAAUUACGUCACGCUAAAAUGACCUUUUUAGACCCCCCUCCCCCUGUCACGAAGUGUCAAAAAUUCUUUACCCCCUCCCACCCGUGUCAUGUCACACCUAAAAAAAUUCAAAACAUACAUAAAAUUUUCAUAACUUAACUAAGAGUUUAUUUUAUUCUUUAAAAUUUUCACAUAAUGGAUUAGGAUGUAGUAUUAUAAGAAAACUGAGUUUCAUAGUAGGCCUACCUAUAAUACCUGAGACAAUUUCGACCUCACAUUAACUUUUAAAAAAUAAUUAAUUUAAUUAAGAUUUUUUUUCAAAAAAAAAAAAAUUAAUUUAAUUAAGAUUUUUUUUUAAAAAUAAAAAAUUUUAGGUUUAAAAAAAAAAAAAAAAUAAAAAGUUCGUCACAAAUUUUUUGCCCCCCCCCCCCGCUCUCUGUCACAAAGUGUCACUUAUUCUCGAUCCCCCUCUCCCCUAAGCGUGACGUAAUUUGUGAACGACCCCUUAGGUACAUGUGGUAACAAUUCAGAUUGUUUAACUUAAAAAAAACCCAACUCAUUAGACGAACAUAACAUUCUUACGGUUGAUAGUCAUCACAAACAUUUCAACAUUUAUCUUUGACAGUGAUGCAAGGCUUAUGUUUACUUGCUGUACUUAUUUUCACCCCCUCAUUCAUUUUCCUUCUGUUUCUACUGGCAGGCUCCUCCUGUUGCUUCAUCAUUGUGGUGGACCAGAGCGACAAAUAUUUCGACAACAACUGGUAUGCAUUUUUAAAAAAACAUAUUUAUUUUUAAAAUUUGAAUUUUCCUUUCUUGUUUAGUUUUAGGCCCGGUUGGGGGGGGGGGGGGAGAUCAUGGGAGCGUGGGGUGGAGCUUUUUAAAGAGGUACAACUAUUCUACAUUUCCUCAUAAAGGUAAUUUUAAAACAACAUAUCCCAACUCCUCAAACUGAAGGGAUAAAGACGAAAACAUUCAAAACCACCAUAUCCCACCAACCUCAAUCUCAAGGAAAAAAAAUUAACAGAAGAAACUAUCUCGCCCACGCCAAAGUGACAUGGCAUAAGCUUAAAAUCCCAUACCGUCUUAAUGCAUGGGUCAAUCGGGCUACAGCCUGGGGGCCCGAAAUCUAAACUUUGAUUCCUAAAACAUCUUGCAUAGUUUAGAGGGGAAUAGUAGGUGCGCAGGCCCCCCCCCCCCAAAUCCGGUUGCUGUAACACAGCAUUGCUUGCCGCUCUACAUCUGCUUUCCAGAGCUCCUAACCCCACCCCCAAAUCAGUAUGGCAAUCCAUAACACAUUAUGUCGAUAUGAACCGAUCGUUUAAUUUAAAAGUAAAACCACACAUAAAUAGUUCAAAGAUUUCUAUGAUGAUUUUUAGUUUCAUUUUGUUUUGUCUUUAAGGAAUUCGUUGAUCCGCAUCGAGUACACUUUUGCAUUGCUCACUGGUGGGAUCGAUCCAGCGGAUACUCGAAAUGUCAUGCUGACUCAGCUGGACCGAUUCCUCACCACCACGUCGACAUUCUCCAUCAACAAUAACCGAGUGUACAGAGGUUAUCCUCACGGACCAGAUGUGAUCUUUAGUCUCGACGUCACCGGAGAUGUUGCCACGGCAACGUACCCAAGGAUGAGCGUCAUCAUUGCCGAGAGCUGGGCCACUCAAAAUUCAGGUACAUUUGCGCUAAAUAUCAAACGAGUCAUACCACCCCCCCCCCCUUUUUUUUUUGCAUGCAGCAAAGUAUGUUGUUCUCGCGGGGGCUACCCGAUUCCGUAAGACGAAGAGUCUUCACACUCAAUGAUGGACAGGGUAAAUAUGGAUGUUACCGGGCCAACAUUCAAUCUUCCCUCUAAGGUUUGUUGGUCCGUGUGCAAAUCCGGAGUCGUUGCCACGGCAACGUCCCCAAGGAUGAGCGUCAUCAUUGCCGAGAGCUGGGCCAAUCAAAAUUCAGGUACAUUUGGGCUAAAUAUCAAACGAGUCCAACCACCCCCCCCCCCUUUUUUUUUUGCAUGCAGCAAAGUAUGUUGUUCUCGCGGGGGCUACCCGAUUCCGUAAGACGAAGAGUCUUCACACUCAAUGAUGGACAGGGUAAUUAUGGAUGUUACAGGGCCAACAUUCAAUCUUCCCUCUAAGGUUUGUUGGUACGUGUGCAAAAUCAUACAGUUGUGUGCAAAGUUUUACAGCAUCAAUUUUUGUGUGUGCAAAACUUUACAGUCCACAAAGACAAACACCUAUUUACAUUGAAAUCAGCUGCGUGAUACUCAAAACUGCUGCGCAGCGUCUGUGAGAUAGCUGCGCGGCCGCGCAGCCGCGCAGCUUAAAGGGAACAUUGGCAAUAUGUUAUAUCCUGGAAUUAACAUAGACUUACUCUAGUUUUUUUUUUCGAAAAUAUCAGUUGGGGUGGGGGGUGGUUAGUUACUGGUUGUAAGGAGAGAGAAACAUUGGAACACACAGUUGGAUGGAAACUGGCUCUUUGUGACAGCGUCUCUCUCCUCGCAAACUUUAAUACGUCUUGCUGACAACUCCCCGUCACUCUCCAGGAGUCUUAAGGCUCUUUGGAUUCCAAUUCAAGUAUCAGAUUAUUUAAUUACUGGGGUUUAAAUGAGUGCAGUUUUUUUUUUACACCGGGUCUGUGUAUUUUGAGAAAUUACCCGGUGGAUCCAGGUGUAAUUAGCCCUUUCAUUAGGGAUUCUCGAUUUUCCUGGGGAAUUAUAACCCUUAAAAUUUUUUUUUUUUGUAGUCGGAUAAGAGAUUCCAUGGUUAUCGUCAACCCAGUAAGGCACUUAUUGUUAGGGAUAAAAAAAACAAAAACCCAGCAACACCACACCACCCCUCCACGAGGAUGCUCCCAAGAGCCAAACUAGUUUUCUAGAGCUGGAAGUACGAUUGGUUCAUAUUGGCGCGGCGCAAAACGCGAUAAAACUAUUGCCUUCAUCAGUCCCGCCAGCUGCUGGAAUAUAUCUUAAUGGGAGAAAAAUUGAAUUUUACUCAUAACUAUUUCAGUUUCAAAAUAUAAACCACGUCCGUGCAAACUCCUAUCUUUUUCACAGGCUGUGGUGGCUGUACCUUUACCAGCAGGAUUAUCCUUGGACAACGUUCAGCCGGACGAUACGGGUAAGCUGGUCCUUUUCGCAAAUGGAAAUGCAUUUUUUCCUGCAUUUAAGCCGGUGAUCCAUUGCCAAUAUAAAAAUAUUAUAGUGUGGUCUUCAAUUAGGAUGGUUUAUAAAUGGACUCAUUGCUUUAUGCGUUUAUAUUCAAAGAUGUUUAGAUCCAAAGACAUGACUAAACCAAAGUGAUCGGCUGCACACAAAUGGAAAAAAAUAAAUAAACACCUUUAGUAGUUUUGUUUUCUAAAACUCUGACCAUAACUUUCUUUUUAUCUUGAGACUUGAUCUAUAUUUUUUCCCCCCACCAGAACGAGGCUGACGCGCCUCUAUUACGUUGUAUUCAAAAACGGGAAUCUCCAGCUGAUCCUUUCACCGGAAGCGCCGUCCAUCAACGCCAUCGCCACGUCAUUCAGCGCGCAUCAGGACGUCUACGGGCUGUACAUGUUCGAUGACGUAAGGUCCUUUUCGUAUCACUACGAGGUGCUGGCCAACAGUGUCGUCACGCUGACGUCACAGAGGGGACGAGACGCACAAUAUGCACUUCGCACCCAGUGGCAGCGCUACUUCAAUAGUAUGUUUUGUGUAACUUUUUGAUUUAGCUUACUGGAUUUAAUUUCUGAAUACGUUAUUAAAUUGGGUGACCAAAUUAGGUCAUUAACGCUGCCAAACACUAUUCAGUUAAAAAUAAAAUAGUUCAUGGAUUUGUUAGUUCAAAAAGUAAAAAAUAUUUUGGUAAUGUUAUUGUUUAAUUCAUCAUCUUUAGCUCUUUUCCCUUGGUUAUUUACAUUUCUUGCUGAAUAUGCCACUAAUUUUAUGCAGAAUUCAUUGAGAACUUGUGAGCAAUUAAACAAAAAACUGCUGGACUUCCAAUUUAUUUGAGUUUUCUUAAUUAUAAUUACCAUGUUAAUAUUUAAAAAAAUCAAUUAUUUUAAUAAAUUUAUUUAAUUAAGUUUAUUUCCACGUAUUAAUUUCCUCCAACUCUUGUAAUCUUUAGACUCACUGUGCGCCAGGACGUCGUGUUCUAUCAUGCUGAACUAUGUCCGCCCAGAGCUUCAAUACACCGACACCAAGUAAGUCUAUCACAUUGAACUUGCCGUUACCUUGAGCUUGCCGGUUGACUCGAGCAGAAAGAAACUCCAUCAAAAAUGUACACAAGAAACAAAAGAAUUUAUCAUCUCCAAGAGUUACCCUUGAUAUAUUAAACUGAGUUGCAGCUUGUUCUUUCUUUGAGAAUUUUAUAUUAUCAUCAUCCUCCACUAACAUGAUCUCUGUCGUAUGUAGGUCUAUAACUAAGGCAAAGAGUAGCAACAUUUGGAACAGUGUCGCAUUUUUAUAAUAUGCGUUCGCGCCCCCUUUUUGAUGCUCUUCUUCAACUAUUUAAAAAGUUCUUCACCUACAAUUUUUGACGGGGUGUAAUCGUUUGAAUAAAGAAUAUGAUUUAAGUCAUGGAUUAAUGAGUGAUUCUUGACUAUCUUGGUUUCACGUCUCUUACUUUGGGAUUUGAAGAAAAAAAAGUAAAUUUAUCCAAUAAUUCUUUAGCAACAAUUAAAAUACAUUUAAAAUACAAUUCUCUUGAUCAUUAUUUUAAAAGUUGUUUAAUUUCCCAAUUUCUUUAUUCUCUUACAGUCUAGCGAUCUCUAACCUCGCCUACUUUGUGACGCUCAACGGAAACAUGGUUGCACCGUCCUCUGUGGUGGGCCCUUCCCAGGCUGAAUUUGGAGGCAUCUUCACCCCAUGUGGGUGCCAGCACCGAGGCGCACAUUCGCUUUACGUGUACGGAGAUGUGACGUACUUCACACUUAGAAGUCUGCUCAACGAGGUCAUUCAGGGUACGUCAUACGAUUUUUAUUUAGGUUUAGAUAACUUGGCUUCCUUUUUAGGCACUGUUAUGUAUUCGAAUAUACAAAUGAAACGGGGAAAAAAAAAACUUAACGAUAAAAGAAAGAUCUACAAAAGAAAAAAAAGUAUUCAGGGAAGCAACUCUGUACAAAGUUAUUAAUUUUUCUGGUUAAUGUACUUUGAAUACCACCUUUCUUCUUAAAAAAAUGAAUACACAAUUUGAAAGUUUAGGUUUAAAUAUUUCUAAAAGGAAAAACUGUACCGAUUUUCAGGAGGUCAAGAUGGCUUUUAAUUUAAAAAAAAAAGAGCUAAAUUCGGGCUUAUUUAGUUCAAUGAAAUUUUAAAAUUAUGUUUACUAACUCUUUUUAAGAAUAAACAAUGCUAUUCCAUUCUUUCUCCUUUCAGUGAACGACGGAGCUAAUAUCAUUGCCAGGGACUUCUAUUACGAUAUCCACCGGUAAUAAAACGUACUAAUUUGUUAUUUAUAGAAAAGAUUUUUUAAAUGUAUGCAAGCCAUAGUUCUAGUGAGACAAUGCGUUAUAUAACGUGGUUUAAAGUUUAAACAUGGGAGGAAGAGUGUCAUUCAUAGUAGGGGCUGGGAAAUGUUAAAUAAAAAUACAGAAGACCCCCGUAAUCUAACUUUUUUUUUUCUAAUGGUCUCCCACCCCAACAGAUCGCUGCUGACCAAAGUCUACUUCCGAACGUCAUCUUUGGACGCCGUCGUCCCGCCCCAAUCAAGCAGUUCUUUCCAGCAGGUCCUGGGGCGCUACAAUUUACAGACACUCGAGGUCGGCAUGCCAAUCAGACAGAAACACAGACUCGUGCUUGAGGGAGUCGUCGGCAACCAGAGCAUUGCCCAGAUGAUGACGGCGCUCCGCGAGGCCUGGGCAUCCAACAGCAACGGUAGGUCACGUACAAUAAAUAGUUUAAGAACAAUGCCUGAACUAACUACCGUUUCGCUGUGUUGAUAACUAAACUGGUUCAAAUUACAUUAGUAGCCAAUAUGCGCAAAUGAUUAUUAUUUUAAAAAAAAACAAACAAAUAUUGCCAGUAAACCACUACACCCCGUUAGUUUGUUAUCACUAACGAUAUACUGAAAAAUAACAGUUUGUUAUCGUUAAAUUACAAUAAGCCUGUAUAGAUAAGUUAUGGCUUAGUCCAAGUUUUUACAGUAAAUUACUUUAGCUGAAUUCCAGCAAGUUAAUCGCUACAAGAUCGUUUAAGACAGAUUUUUAACAGUGUAAAUUUAAACGUUUCAUUAUAUCAUACUAGUAAAAGUUCUGAUAUUUCCUUUUGAUUUUUAUAUUUUGCAUUAUGUAUUAAUAUUAAGAAACGAAAAAACAAUACUUUUUUUUUUUUUUACUUGUACAGAAAUAAAUGUAGAUGACAUUAAUGUAGCGAUCUUCAAAAUGGACUCGGAGAGUUUUGUCAAGCAGAAGUAAGUGGUUGUUUUCAUUAGUUCAAAACUAUCGACGGGUCCAUGCACUUUAUGUAUUGAAAUAAAUGAUACUCCCCCACCAAGUUUUGCAAACUGCAACACUAGGGUUGGUCGAAUGGAAAUAAUUGUGGCGUCAAUGCCUGUCAAAGAAUACAUCGGUGACUGCCUUUUAUUGAUAACCAUGGUUGGGCUUAAACGGUGAAUGUUGUAACUGCAACUGACUCAAUGUUAGCUACAUCUAUAAUGACCAUUUACUCCGUCCCGAAAGUAUUUUGGCUGCACGUCUCACCCUCUCAGUGACUCCGCUUUCUUCCCGCAGCGGUUCUCGUGUCACCGUGGUCAGCUACCUGGUGUCCGUGGGUCAGGCCGACGGGAGCCUGACCAUCGCCGAGGAGCCCCCGGUCUCGAGCCUGGCCCUGAACUUCAGACAGAGAUUUGGCGACGCGCUGGCCGUGUGCAGCUGUGACGUCAUCAAACAGCACGCGAUCACAGCCACCGGCAACUUGAACCCUGCCGACGGCAACCAGGUGGAUUCAGUCAGGAAGGCCAUAGAAGAGGCUUGGAGGGAUGCUAACAAAGGUAAGGAAGGCCAUAAAAGAGGCUUGGAGGGAUGCUAACAAAGGUAGAUUAUUUUUUAAAAAAAAUCUUUCUCAAAUCAGGCUAUAGAAAUCUUUUCCAUGCUAGUGGUGGGGGGAGGUGGCGGGUUUAAAAUUAUUUUUUUUUUUAUUUGGACAUACUCUAAACAAACGCAUAUGUUGGGAAUCUUAUUCAUUUCUCACUUUUUUUUGUAAAGAGCCCCCUGCCAUGAGAUAUCCCAUGCCUUUGUUUUCAUUAAUAUAUAUAUAUGUAUAUAUAUUCUUUUUUUCUAUUUAGUUUCAGGUUUAACUUGAAAGUGGAUUCAUGAGAAACGUAGUUAAUUAUAGAUGUUUAGACUAGAGGUUUACCAUUUCUACCAAUCGUUCAAGAUCAAACGUUUCAAUUCGAGUCAAAAUAUUUUUCAAAAAUUUGUUAAGAGCGUAAAAUUUUAAUUUAAAAGAUAAAAUGGCUCCCAUAGUUAAUGUUUAGUUUUUAAAUUUUUGAAUAUUUUUUUUAUCAAAGAAUACGAUGGUGAUAUCAAGGUGAACAUCUUCUCUGUGACACCUGGCAGAGUUAAUGCAUCGGAGCCCCAAAGCCGGUAAGCAUCAAACUGUUGUCUAACUUAGGUGUUUUUAUAUUUUGCACAUUGUGUUUUUUUUUUUUAAAUUAAAAAAUUAGGCCUCAAUAUAAUUAAUUUACAAUACAACAAUGUAGUGACAUUUAUGCUAACAAAAAUUUGUAAAUUAACAUCAAGCAAUAACCAUACCAAUCUGUGUAACAGAAGCUAGCCACGUUAAAGAGAAAAUUUGUGUGUAUAUCGUAGGGCAUAAUACAUUAUAGCAUAUUGUAAAGGGGUUGUCUCUAUGUCUCAGAGAUGAGGAGCGGACAGUCUCGUUUGGUGUAGUUCUCCAAAACGGAACAUCCGGAGUUACUGACCUUGAUUUGCAGCCCCCUAGGAGCACUGUCCUGCAAACCAAAUUUACUGAUACCGGGUCAGAGGUCGCGUUCGUAGAGGAAGGUGUUUCCAACAGCGGGGAAAGCGAUGAGUUUGUGAGUAGAAAUAAUAGGCAAAAGAACAACAAUUAAACAGAAAUGAUUUUCCAACUAGAGUAAGAAAUGUUUAAAAUAAUACGAAUAAUAAUAGAAUAAUUUUAAUAUAUUUGCAUGUAUUUUAAAAAAGCAAUUUACUAAAAUACUGUACCAAACCAAUUUAAUUUUGGCAUAUUUACCAUUAAAAACUUGUGUGCGGAUGGCUACGGUAGACUUCAGCUGAGACUGGAGUGCAACAUGUUGCUACCUAGAAAUUGACAUGAUAAAUUGAUGACUGCAACAUAUUUUGUGUUGUGUCCACCAAUGGUAAAUUUUAAUUUUUUUUGAAUUCUUGGGGGUUGUCCUUAAUUCUUUUUUUGGAAAAAAAAAAAAAAGAAAAGUAAAAAAAAAGUAAAAAGUUUUCGAAAAAAAGGUAAUUCUAAAGGAGAAUAAUGCUCAUUUUUUGGUAGAUAUUAAAAAAAUAAAUAAAUUCCCUUUAGAUAGGCCAUGUGACUUUGUCUCCCCAUUCACCCCCGCCAAAUCUCUCCUGAUCGCCCUCCCACAAGCAUCUAUGUUCUUUUUCACCUUCCCUAAUUUCAUCUCCGGAUAUUUAGUACGGAAGAAAUAAGUUCGGAGGAAAGCUGUUCAACUGAAGUUUGUUUGAACGGACAUUAGGUCGAACGGAAGGUUAUUCGAAAUAAAAUUUGUUAAAACAAGGUUUAUUUACUUAUUUGUUUGUAAAAGGAAGUUGUUGCGAGUGAUUAAUGGGGAGAAAUGUAAACUUUAAAACAUUUUGUUGUCCUCCCCCCUCCCCCCCCCUCUCAAACUAAUUUUUUUAAAAACAAAGUUCCGUUCAAACAAAUUUCUUCGGUACACAUUUCUGGUAGCACCCUGACAUAUACAUAUAAAUCGAUAAUGAUGCAUUACUUCAUUGAUCUAAUCAAGUUCUCUCCAGAACUAUCAAACACGGAUUAAUGUGAAUGAUGAAUAUGGGGGAUUAGAUUAGAAAACAUGAAGAGAUCGAUUUUAGAAGAGGUAUGUGAUGUUGAAUUAAAGAAAGAGGAUAAGAUAAGGGAUUAAAAUGUGAAAAAUGACAAACAUGAGGGAUUGACGUGAACGGAUUAAGAUAAUGGAUUAUAAAGAGAUUAAUUAUGAUCGAUUAGAUCUAUAGGGAUUAAAAUUAGGGAAUGAGGUGAAGAUUAAGAUCAGGGAUUAUAAUGCAUGACUUAGAUAACCAGCACUCCUGGCAUGUCAUUAAGUAGCAACACGUUCGUUUACAAAGACACAACAACAAAACAUGUUGUUGCUUUUUGUGUAGACGAGAAUGAAAGUCGCAAACACAAAUUAUUGUCGUAAAUAAUGUUAGUAUAUAACACACUGGAUAAACCUUUGAUUUGGUACGCACCAUGGUGCACACCCAUAUUGGGCAGGCGUGUUUUCACUCUCCUGUUUCUAAACGAGGCUCCACACGUUUGUUGGCUGAGUAACUGGAAGCAUCCUGUACUCUUUUACCCCCAUCCCCGCCCACCCCCCUUUACCAAAACCAUGUUACGCAUCUCAAAAUUGUAAAUAUUUUUGACGUAGUGUGAAAGUAUUUGAUAAUUUCUUAAAUCUACCCCCAUUCCAUUAGCAAAGCUCAUGCUUAACUCUUUAAAAAUUCCAUAAGCCACAUAACGUGUAAUUCUGAUUUUUUUUUUAAUGUUAUAAAAGAUUUAAAAAAUAAAAAAGAAUAAUCAGAAAUUGAUCUAUUUCUUAAAAGAUGCUAAAAGAAGGGUAAGAAAACACCCCUUGCCAAAAUAUUGGUUUGUCCCGUCAUGAACUUUCACCCUGCAUGACAUUGCAUGUUUUCUUCUUUUCAGCCGUGGUACAUCCCCGUAGGCGUUAUUCUUGCCCUUCUUCUUAUACUAGUCAUUAUCUUCGUCUUCAUCUGCAUAUUUAGGGACAGGUAGGUUGACCAAAAAAAAUAAAAUAAAACUAUUUUUCUUAUAUUUGUAAAAAAUUAAUUUAAAAAAAAAUCAGCUGUCAUUUCUGUACCAUUUUUAUGUUUUGGUAGUGUUCACUUUUAUACUGCACACAGCACUCGCUCAUUUGCACACAGCACUCGCUCAUUUGCACACAGCACUCGCACAUUUGCACACAGGUACGAUUACUUUGCAAUUUUGGUUUAUUAGAUAGAGUCACGUACGCUAUUUGUAUUCCUAAUAUUACAAGGGCCCUCGAGAUUUUUAAUUAAGGGCCCGGUUCACUGUUCCUCAGACAAUGUAUAAGGGGCCGGAGGAAAGUAUGAACGAAUUCCUAUGACCACUGGAAACAACAAACAAAAAAAAAAAAACAAGGAAAAGAAACAAUACACUAUUAAAAUCCAGAACAAUUGUAAUCAACAUACAUUUCUUAUUAAUUCAGUACAAAGUAUUGGUCUGCUUUAUGGUUGGAGAGAUUGUUAAUUUCAGGUUUCAAUUGAAAAAAAUAUUACAUUAAUGUUUCUCUGGUAUCCGUGCAACGGCGGCCCUGGAGGGCCGGGUUAAGAACGCCUGGCGGACCAGAUCUGGCCACGGGUCGUCGUUUGAGGAUCCCUGUAAUAUACUAUUGCUUUGCGACACCUAAUCGACCUGAAUUUUCCCACCUACACAUGUUAACGCAGAAAAAAAAUCAGCAUUAUUUACACAAAUCAGGGAAUAAAGGAGGUUCUGAGAUAUAAUAAUAAUACUAAUAAUAAGACGUCUUAUAUAGCGCGGUACCCCAGCCUAAGGCUGGGCUCACCGCGCUGUACAUACACAUUUUUAUCAAAAGAGACAUAAUCAUGACUUUAAAAUAAAAUACAUUUAUGAAAAAAAAAAAAGAACAGCAAUGCAUAUUCACCCACCCCACCACAUAACUUUUACAAGGCAAACCAUGGACGGCAGCCAGCAAGAUCGUUUAUCGGUCAGAGGAGGGGAAUCAGUCAGGGUAGUAUAAUUUAAAAAGAUAUGUUUUGAGUGCAGUUUUGAAGGCCUGGGUGGUUGGUAUAUUGCGUAUGUUUAGUGGCCAAGAAUUCCAUUGUUUGGGGGCGCAGAAAGAGAAAUUUAAAAUCCUAAGACAUGCACUUUCUCUAAGAUAAUUAUUCAAGUAUUCGCCAUUGACUCAUUAUCAUAAUAAAAAAAAACAACAACUCUGUUACAGAAUCAAAUGUUGUGGUCGCUCGAAAAAGUAGGUCUUGUAUUGCAACACCGUUUCAUCUUUAUAUAUAGCAUGAAGCAUGCUUUAAACUACGUGUGUUGUGUGACUUAUAUAGUAUGUGUGUUUUGUGACUUAUAUAGUCUGUGUGUUGUGUGACUUUAUAGUAUGUGUGUUGUGUGAAUUUGUAGCAUGUUUCUUUUAUACCUGGACUGCUAUGUUGCCGGAUCUUUCUUAUAGAAUACAAAUUAUAACGUCAAAAAAAAAAAAAAGAAUUGUUAUACUGGGGUUAGGUUUAUCAAAGAAAUGGUUUUGGCUUUCUUUAACUUUAAAAUUCACUCUACUUUUUUUCUUUGUACUUUUGUAUAUAUUUUUUUAAUCGCAUUAAUUACUAUGAACUAUUGCAUUGCCUGAUAAAGGAGAAGGGAUUGGUAUUUAGGGCAAUGAAGGCUGUAAGAUGACUAUCAUUUAUUUGUGUCCCCCCCCACCCCCCCCCACCUCACUCCAAACAUCUUUUUGUUUGGUUAAGUAUUCGUCCUCAUACGGCAUGUUGUAUUUCAUCCUUAUCAAUCAAUUGGCUUUGUUUUUGAAGGCUGUAAGAUGACUAUCAUUUAUUUGUGUCCCCCCCCCCCCCCCCCCACCUCACUCCAAACAUCUUUUUGUUUGGUUAAGUAUUCGUCCUCAUACGGCAUGUUGUAUUUCAUCCUUAUCAAUCAAUUGGCUUUGUUUUUAUUUUAAAAAAAAAAAAAAAACUUGAAACGUGGCUGCAUAUCAUAGAUGUCUAGUUUUGUUUCAACCCUGCCGUUAAUCUGUGCAUGGUUAAUUUUUUCAACGUCUUUUUAGUGUUAAUGCUAAAGAGUUUUUUUUAAAUAUUUUUUUAUGGAAAACAAUUUUUUAUCCUAGUUACUUCCCAUGUUUAUGCUACCGUGUUUGCCCAAAGCUCGGUACGAUAGCAGUUCAUUGAUAGUGAUACCGUGAGAAACAUGCUAAUGAAAAGAAAGAAGAGAAAAAAAAGCGAAUUAAAUCCGAUAGUUGAAGUUUCUUUUUUAAAGUUCAAGGUUGUUUUAAAACAUGUUAUAUUUAAUAAACGGAAGAUAUCUUCUAAUCUUUAUUUCCUUUCAUUAAUUAUUUAGAAUUCUUCAAAGAAUGUACGUCUUAAUUUUUUUGUUUUGUUGGAACGUUUAAAUGAAACUUAAGCUUAUUUUGCAGAACAAAUGGGCGCAUUAAUUGCAACUUGGUCUGUGUGUUCGCUUGAUCUUUAUUUUCACUUGUCGUUAUGAAUUAGUUGGAGUAUGCUACUAACACGUCAGUGAUUUUCUUAAUAAGUUUCUUUCCAAAACCAAAAAAUGUACCCGCCUACAACUGUAAAUGGCAAUCUCUUAAUACAAUUGUUUAGCGAAAGAACUGGUCUGAUAGUCCAUAAUUUAGUCGCUUGGUCAAACGCGUGUGGAAGAAUAAGUAAUGCUACACACACCGGUGUUUAGGAAACACCUUAUUAGUUUAUUAGGAAAUAAAAACUCAGUAUUUGGCUACAAGAAUUUUUGUCUACCAGCUUAGAAAUGUUCUCGGAAACAAAUUAUUAUUUUAACAUUUUCAAAUAAAAAUGCAAUUAAUUUUCUUUUUCGUUCAUUUUUUUUCCCCUCUUCAUUUUUACAUGAAAUAUGUCCUUUAAAUGAGGAUUUAAAAAAAAAAGAUAAACAUGUGCCACGCUCAAAUUAAUCAAACGCUAAUAAUCUUGUUCCACCUCGCACGAUUUCAGGCGGAAAGAUUCCAAAGAAAUCGACAACAACCCAGACGACUUCAGGGACGACAACUACGACAAGGAGCACUUCACCAUGGAGCCGGUCGCCUUUGAGAACGAGGCUUUCCACAACCUGGAGAUGGCGUCGCAGACUUACGUCGUGAACCCUGACGAGACAGACGACGCUGGGCCGUUUUGAUCCACUGGACAGGAAACAAGAGGGGGUGUGUGUGCGUGUGUGUGGUGUGUGAGAGCGUUGAUUUGGAAUAUUCGAAAUAGCGGAUGAGUUUCUGAAGAAUGGUGAGGUAGAGGAUGACGAGCACAAAGAAUGCUGACGCUACUGGCGGCAAUGACGACGUAACGAAGUGGCGCUGUUGACCGGCGUUGCACAGUGACCAAAAUUCAGACAGGACUGUGCCAUCUUUUGACCAGUGUGUACACGUAGAAUGCACGACUUAUAAUUUUUACUAACAGUGUAUAUACAACUAUUAAUGUAUCACUUGAUGUACUGUACAAAAAUCAUGAUUUGUUGGAUUUUUUUUCUUAAAAAAAUAAAUAAAUAAACAAAUGUGUAAUUGAGGCAUGGGCUGUGGUGAGCGUCCAUAUGUGACAUAUGUGCUGUGAUAACGAUCCUGAUAUUUGAGAAAGAGAUUUUUAUUUAAAAUUGUAUUUGUAAACAGAGAGAGAGGUUGUGUGUAGUGUGCUUAAGAGAGAAAGAGAAAGUCAUAGAGAGAGAGAGCGAGAGAGAGAGAGAGAGAGAGAGAGAGAGAGAGAGAGAGAGAGAGAGGAGAGAGAUAUAGAAAGAAAGAAAGAUGCCUAAUUGUUUUUAUUUAUAAUUCAAAUUUAAUCUCUUAUAUUUGUAUAUGAUCUCGUGAACGUACAUAAUUAUUUCAAACGUGCAACUAAACAGAGAGAGAGGUUGUGUGUAGAGUGCUUAAGAGAGAAAGAGAAAGACAGAGAGAGAGAGAGCGAGAGAGAGAGAGAGAGAGAGAGAGAGAGAGAGAGAGAGAGAGAGAGGAGAGAGAUUUAGAAAGAAAGAAAGAUGCCUAAUUGUUUUUAUUUAUAAUUCAAAUUUAAUCUCUUAUAUUUGAAUAUGAUCUCGUGAACGUACAUAAUUAUUUCAAACGUGCAACGAAUUUGGACGUAUUUGCAUAUUACAUCCCAGACGCCUGACGCAUUGAGAGGAGUGGACCUUUACACUCAAGCUCAAAUCAGCACGUCAUUCGCGUAUGUCCUUGUGGAUGUCAGUCUUUGUAUGCGUCACGUUUACCAGUAAUCGAGUGUCCUUAACCGUGUCUUGAUACGUUUCUAGUCAUGUAUUAAAAAAAUAGUUUGGUUAAUUCUAUGUCCAGAAAAAACACGCAUAGCCUGCCCGACCAAGGUUGCUGGUUAGCUACGGAGAUUUAUUCCAUCCCUGUGGCGCUAAAGCCCAUGUAGAGGGGGCUCUCUGGCCCUUCCCCACCAACACCCUUCCACAAUGACUUACAUUUUCGUAUUUGACAAACUUGGAUUUAGGGGGUGGGGGUGGAUUUAGGCUGACGUAAAUUUUUAACUGACGUCAUGGCUUCAUAGGUGACGCGGCAAGUCUUUAAACAAUGACAGACUGAAAAAAUUCUUCGGUUCGAGGGCCGACGUUUGUAGAAAUCAUUAACUCUGUGAGACUACAUGUUAACUCUUGACUGUGAUGAAUGCCGCAUUAAAUGAGACGGCUUGGAUACAACGGCUGUCACAUGACAAGACUUGUGUACAACGGCUGCCACAUGACAAGACUUGGGUACAACGGCUGUCACGAGACAAGGCUUUGGGUACAAUGGCUGUCACAUGACAAGACUUGGGUACAACGGCUGCCACAUGACAAGGCUUGGGUACAAUGGCUGUCACGUGACAAGACUUGGGUACAACGGCUGCCACAUGACAAGGCUUGGGUACAACGGCUGCCACAUGACAAGGCUUUGGGUAAAACGGCUGCCACAUAACAAGGCUUGGGUACAACGGCUGCCACAUGACAAGGCUUUGGGUACAACGGCUGCCACAUGACAAGGCUUGGGUACAACGGCUGCCACAUGACAAGGCUUGGGUACAACGGCUGCCACAUGACAAGGCUUGGGUACAAUGGCUGCCAAAUGACAAGGCUUGGGUACAACGGCUGUCAAAUGACAAGGCUUGGGUACAACGGUUGCCACAUGACAAGGUUUGGGCACAACGGCAGUCACACCGAGCUGAAAUGAAGAAAAAAAAAUCUCUGGUGUAUAUCAAAUAGCAUUGCUUGAAUAAAAGAGUUGAUGCGUAUUGUGAUUAUGUAUUCAUUAUAAAUGUAAAUGGUGACAUUUUGAUAAGGAGUUCGUCACUCUAACCAGUAAAGAUAACAAUCUUGAUAUGCAUGCCUUAAGAUUUGAAACAAUUAAACUGUAAGCACUGCUUAUAUAUAACAUGUA